UGAAGAAGAAAAAAAUAAAAAAUUCUUUUAACAAAAGGGAAAUUUUGUGAUUUUACCAUUGAAAAUCUUUACGAGUAGAGAAGAAGUAAUGUAAUCCUUUACAUUGUUAAAACGAAAAUUUGAUUUCAAAAUAUAAAUUUAAUAAGUGUCUUAAAAUAACAACUUCUUCUGCAAUAAAAGUUUAAACAAAAAAAAAAAAUAAUUUUAAAUUUUAAAUUAUAAAUAAUGCCUAAAUAUAUAAAAUUUUCUCAAGGGACUUUAAGAACAUUAUUAAUUAUUUUUACGAUAUUAUUUUAUACAACAAUUUUUAUAUACACAAUAACAUCAGUGCCAUCAGUUAAAGCUACAUCAUCAAUUAAGAAAAAAAAUUUAGAAAUAUCAAAUACAGCAAUAAUUUCUGAUUUGAGUACAACAACAAAUUUAAAUGAUACAAUUCGUCAACCACCAGACAAUUAUUUGAUAACAAAUCAAAAGGAAUGUUUAAAAUCUCGGAAUUUUUUAUCAUGUUUAAAAUAUCGUGCUUCAAAAUUUAUAUGGUCAUUGGCAACAAAUCGAUAUAAAUAUUUUGAUUCAUCAAAUAGUAGAUCCUUAAUUAAUAUAAAUAAAAAUAAUUAUAAUGAUGAAAAUUUCAAUGAUGAUGAUGACAAUGAUGAUGAUGAUGAUUUAAGUACAGGCAGAAAUGAAAAAACUUAUAAUAAUUCAAUUGUUAACAAGAAAAACUUUCAAAUGAAAUUUGUAUAUUUGAAUACACCAAGUGAUUUAGAAUUAUUUGAGGAAACUAGAACAUUUCAAGGUGACGGUGAAAUAUCAAAGGCGGUAAAAUUUGUUAAACGUGCUAUUCAAACAUUCGUACAACAUCAUGGUUUACAAGUUUCACUGGAUAGUCUUGGUGGAUUUCAAGUAUCCAGAGGUGGAAAAAAUUUUAUAACAGAAUAUCGUGGACAUAAAAAAACUCGAAAGAAAUUAAAAUGGUUGAUUUUAUUCCCGCUGAUAAUAUUGGGAAAAAUAGCAUCAUUAAAAAUGUCAAUGGUUGUAUUGAUGUUUACAGUAAUUGGCGCUCAAUUAGCACUUGCUGGUGGUUUUGCAUUUAUUAUAUAUUGGCUUAAGCAUACUUAUUUAUGUAAAAUCAAUCCGAAAUGGGCUGAAAAUGUAUCAGGACCAACUUGGGAUGAAGAAAAAGGUCAUUUUCGACGUAGUUUUAAUGGGCGGACUUAUUUGUCACCGAAAGGUAAGGUACCUUCGGAAUUUAAAAUUUAUUAUUCAUCAUUUGGUUACCCUGGAUCUGAUUCAAGCAGUCCUUUUGUUUUAGGUAACAAAGAUUGGGCAAGUUCCAAGGCAUACAAUGCGUACAACUAUUUGGAUACUAUAAGUCGACCAAUUUAAUUUAAUUAAAUUAAAAAAUACAAAAUUGUACUUAUCGAAUGUCUUAUUUAAAACAAAGAUUAUGUAAUUAGUUAUUUAGCGAAUGUGUAUAACUUUAGGUGUAGGUUUGUCAUAAAGAUCUUUUCCUAAAUUUUUUGAAGCACUUAACUCUCUUCUAACUUUUGACUGUAAUCACAACAUAGCGUAUAUUAUACAAUAACAGUUAAUAUAAAGUAAUCAGUUCGAAAUUCAUAUACUUUUUAUUCACAAACGAAAAAUUUUAAAAAAAGGAAAUAUUUUAUUACAAAAUUCGCGAAACCUUCUUUAACCU